ACACAAGUUUGCUUAGUGUAUCAAUAUUGAAGUCAGGGUUAAGCUAUCACAGAUAAGUCGAAGAAGAAAUGAUAUGACUUUACCAAUAUCGAUUCUCCUUCUUGGUCUCGUGGCAAGAAUGUGCCACACUCAAGACCCCUGCCGCAACAUGCAUUUCCCUUCUCCAGUAGAGGACUACGCCCUCUUUAACCACACCCUUCAGAAUAUAACUGAUAUAUCAGUGUGGAACUGCCAAGUAAAGUGCUAUGUGAACCAAGCAUGUCGUGCUGUGAACUAUAAGAAAGGCGCGAAUCUCGGGAGCUGUGAACUGCUGUCUGCCAAAGCUGGAUCCUUCCCUAUAGAUCUGCUAAAGUUCCCAGGAAUCGACUACUACGGCCCCAAUGAGGUUUGCGUUCCAAAUCCUUGUCCCUCGGCCAACAUGACCUGCGUUGAGUUAAAGGGGAAUCCAAGAUACAGAUGUGAGUGUCCACAGGGAUACAUCGGUUCCGCAUGUGAAACAGAUGUUGAUGAGUGUUAUCCUGGACAUUACAAUUGUCACCAGGACGCUACUUGUGCAAACACAAUUGGCUCUUUCGCAUGCACAUGUAAACCUGGAUAUACAGGAAACGGAGUAAGCUGCGAAGAUAUUGAUGAAUGCUCUUCUGGAAGCAACAAUUGUCACCAGGACGCUUCUUGUGCAAACACCAUUGGGUCCUUCGCAUGCACAUGUAAACCUGGGUAUACAGGAGACGGAAUAAACUGUGCAGAUAUUGAUGAAUGCUCUUCUGGAAGCAACAAUUGUCACCGGGACCGCGCUACAUGUGCAGACACCAUUGGCUCUUUCGCAUGCACAUGUAAACCUGGGUAUACAGGAGACGGUGUAAACUGUGCAGACUCCAACACUUAA